ACUUUGUUACUGCCAUAAGUUCCAUUCAGAUAGUUUCUGGGGAGGAUUUCUGUUGCAGGCAUGGACUACUAUUCUACUACAAACCCUAGCUCAUCUGGGUCAUCUUCAGCGCCCAAGAAUGGCAAGGAGAAGAAGAAGGGUGGCAGGAAGAGCAGCGGUGGGGUGAAGUUAUCAACUGACCCGCAAAGUGUGGCUGCAAGGGAAAGGAGGCAUCGUAUAAGCGACAGGUUCAAGAUUCUGCAAAGCUUGGUUCCUGGUGGGACGAAGAUGGAUACAGUGUCCAUGUUAGAGGAAGCCAUUAACUAUGUUAAGUUUCUAAAGACUCAAGUAUUGCUUCACCAAACUAUAAUGAACUUUGUGGAUGAUGAACGAUCUCUUGAUCAUUAUCUCCCUGCUGAUUAUUCUACUGCUCUUCCUACUGAGCAACCUUCAUACUUGGACGGCAACUUCGCACCUGUAGUGCAUCCUUCAAUUUCAGUACUACCAUGCCCAGAUUCUUACCUUCUAGGUGAAAAUUACAUGCAAUAUGAUGCAUUUGAUAUUAAGAACUAGUACUUCCUCUUUAGUAUUUCUCUGUGUACGUAUGGCAAGCACGCCUUGAUUGUAGUGUAGAUUGGGCAGACGUGCAGGUGGUACCAUAAACCUUAAUUGUUUGUGUUAAUUAUAAUUAGUAUAAGGUUAGUUGUUGUAUGGUUCUAAAUGAAAUGAAUUCAGAAGAAUUGUCAA